UUACGAAUCAAUUAUCUUCACAGAAUGAUUGAUUCUAAAAUUAAAAAAAUAUUUUUAUUCAACAAAUUGUUUCCCUUUUCCCGUAACAGACGCUUUGUACACUAAUUCACAAUGAAUAAUAGGGAGGAGAACUAAGGAUACAUUUUUAAAAAAUUGUCGAUUUUACUUCAGCCUCUCUGAAUUUUCAUACAUGGACCUUGCGUUGAUAAGGCAGAGAUGCAAUAUUCUUCCUUGCUCAUGCUCCUCAUGUCGCUCCUUAUGCCCCUCAUGGCCAUCAUGCCUCAUGCAGCGUUUUAUCUAAUUCCGUACAUAACCUCAUCUCUGAUAUUGAAAACAUCGUGCUGGAUGCAAUACUCAUUAUAACAGAUUGACGAUUCCAAUUUCUAAUUCUAUACUCAUUUCUGCGAUACCACCUGAAUUAAAUGGAAGGUAAAGACAUCUCAAACAUAAUUAAGGAGGGCCAAGCGGAAAUUCUGGUACUGGAGAAAAACGUAUUCUACAAUCCUGUACAGGAGUUCAACAGAGAUCUCAGCGUCGCAGUUUUAAGUCUGUAUUCGAAGGAAAAACAUGAAAUUCCAAACACCCCCAAAGAAGAAACGCUGAUAGAUCUCCCUGCUGAAACAGGAUUGAAACAUGAGCAUCAAACCUUCCCUCAGAAUGGAAUCACAAUUUUAGAAGCUCUUUCGGCCACCGGUCUUCGCAGUAUUAGAUAUGCUAAGGAAGUACCAUACAUUCGUCAAAUAAUAGCAAACGAUAUAUCUGCAAAAGCAGUCGAGAGCAUAAAAAAAAAUAUCGAUCACAACAAAGUUGAAGACCUGAUAACACCAAGCCAUGAAGAUGCCACAAUGGUCAUGUACCAGCAUCGAAAGAAACGAUUUGAUGCAGUGGACCUGGAUCCUUAUGGUUGCCCAUCGAUAUUCCUCGAUGGAGCUGUCCAGUGUCUUGCCAAUGGAGGCCUGCUGCUGGUCACAGCAACUGACAUGGCAGUUUUAGCUGGAAAUUCGCCAGAGACGUGUUUUGUUAAAUAUGGAGCAGUUUCUCUAAAAUCUAAAGCUUGCCAUGAAAUUGCCUUGAGAAUUCUUUUACAACACAUAGCAGCUCAUGCAGGACGUUAUGGACGUUACAUUGUACCAUUACUCUCUGUGAGCGUAGACUUUUACAUUCGAGUAUUCGUUCGAAUUUAUACUGGGCAAAUAAAGUGUAAGGAGAAUACUAGCAAUUUAGGAAUGAUUUAUCAGUGUACUGGUUGCGAGACAAUGACAAUUCAUCCCCUGGGAAUGAAGAAAUUGAACGCCGGAUGUAAAUUACCCGUGGGACCACCAGUUGAUCAAUUGUGCAAAUUCUGCCGAUAUAAGCAUCAUAUGGGCGGGCCCAUCUGGUUGGGACCUCUACAUGAUCAAGCAUUCGUAAAACAAUUAUUAGAUAGUAUAGAGACACUCGAACUUGCAACAUCGAAACGUUUGAUUGGAGUUCUCAGUGUCAUUGGAGAGGAAUUGGAUACUCCCCUAUAUUAUGUUCUCGAUCGAUUGAUGUCCAUAGUAAGAUGUGAUACACCAUCAAUGGUAAAAUUCAGAUCAGGGUUACUAAAUGCAGGUUACAAUGUCUCCUUUUCUCAUGCCAAUAAAUUAUCGAUAAAGACAAAUGCACCGGCUGAAAUAGUUUGGAACGUAGUCAAGGCAUGGGAAAAAAUGCAUCCCGCAAAGCGAGAAAAGUUGGGAAAGGAAAGUCCAGCAUUAGCAAUUUUAACCGCUCAACCCACAAUUGAAAUUUCUUUCGACUUACAUCCUGCAGCAAAUCCUGAAUCCAGAAAACUGCACAUGCAAAGGUUUCAAGUUAACCCUACUGCUAAUUGGGGUCCAGGUGCUAGAUCCACAACUAUAGUCGACCCUCGUGAAAAAACAUCGAAACGUCAAAGAAAUCAGAAUAAACAUAAGAAAAAACACCAACAUAUAUCGCCAUCUGAUUCUCCACCCCCAAAGCAACAAAAAUCAAAUGUAUGACUUUCUAUUACACAUGGAUAUAUAUUUGUACAAUAUGAGAUAAAAGAACCUAAUGCUUGA